AGAACACAACAGGAAAAAGAGAAACAAAGAUUACGAUACAAUGAAGGGAAGACAGAGUCAUCCUCUACUGAGAGGUGGAAGUAGAGUUUUUAGUUCUAGUCAUGAUCUUUCUUCACCUCAGAUCCAAUCUCUUGCUGCUAUCUGUGAAACUCUUAUGCCUUCCCUCCCAUUUGAUAUCAUCGAUGAACAUCACUCAGAUAACCAGGCCCUACUUUCAUUCUACAAAGUUUCUGGCUCUCAGCCGCCAAUCCCUCACGAGGUAGCAGAAAUAUUGGUGAAGAGGGGUCAACCAAAAGCUGUGUUGGUAGUGGGCAUGAUUCUGACACUUCUUUCAUUCAGAUUGGGAACACUAUUGCUUUGUGGGUAUCUUUGCUUAGACUGGAAAUGGCCCUUCAUUCUCAAGUUCUCUGAAAUUCCUGUGGAAAGGAGAGAAGAAGUUCUCAAUAAAUGGUCAAGGGAAAAGCGUCUGAUACCUCUAAGAGUAGCGUUUGUGAUGAUCAAAAUCUUCUGUUUAUACACCUUCUUCUCCAGGACUGAUGAAAACUCAGAAAACCCAGCGUGGGAAGCAAUUGGAUAUCAUUUAGACACCAAGGAAACAUUGAAGAGACCCAAAGAAGAGAGACCUCUUCAAAAGGGGAUUAUAGAAACCAUGUAUGAAGAUGACUUAACGCUGCCGCAGUGUCUCACCCAAAAAGGCCUUCAAGUUACUGAAGAUCCAGAAGACAAUGCCUAUGAGAUCAAAUGUGAUGUUAUAAUCGUAGGCUCUGGUUGUGGUGGAGGAGUUGCGGCCUCAGUUCUUGCAAGUUCUGGUCAGAAAGUGAUUGUUCUCGAGAAGGGGAACUACUUUGUGGCUGAAGACUAUUCUUCUCUGGAAGGCCCCUCUAUGUUUGAGCUAUAUGAAUCUGGUGGAUUUCAAUCAACUGUCAAUGGGAAAAUUAUGAUCAUGGCAGGCUCAACAGUUGGUGGAGGCUCUGCUGUGAACUGGUCUGCCUCCAUCAAGACACCAAAUUCUGUUCUCAGAGAAUGGUCUGUGGAUCAUAAGAUUCCUCUUUUCGGGAGCUCUGACUAUCAAUCUGCAAUGGAAGUUGUCUGUAAGAGGAUCGGUGUUACAGAAACUUGUACCGAGGAAGGAUUUCAAAAUCAAGUUCUUCGAAAAGGGUGUGAGAAUCUUGGUCUAAAAGUCGAAUUGGUGCCGAGGAAUGCCUCAGCAGAUCAUUACUGUGGUUCUUGCAAUUAUGGUUGUAGAACAGGAGAAAAGAAAGGGACUGAUAGUACUUGGCUUGUCGAUGCUGUGGACAAUGGUGCUGUGAUUCUUACAGGAUGCAAAGCUGAAAAAUUCAUAUUGGUAAACAACAACAAUGGCAGUAGAAGAAAAAAAUGCUUGGGAGUGGUUGCAACAGCUUUGAAUAAGAAUAUCACAAAGAAGCUGAAAAUUAAGGCUAGAGUAACAGUUUCAGCUUGUGGGUCUCUCUUGACACCCCCUCUAAUGAUAUCUAGUGGUUUAGUGAAUCCAAAUAUCGGCAGGAACCUUCAUCUCCAUCCCGUCCUUAUGGGCUGGGGAUACUUUCCAGAGCAAAUGACAGAACUAAAAGGCAAAAGUUACCAAGGAGGAAUCAUCACUUCGAUCCAUAAGGUGGUUUCAGAAGAAUCCAACGUUCACGCAAUCAUAGAAACCCCGGCACUUGCACCGGCUUCUUUUGCAGCACUAUUUCCCUGGACUUCAGGGCGUCAAUUGAAGGAGACGAUGGUUAAGUACGGAAGAAUUGCUCACCUUUUUGCAUUGGUUAGAGACCAAGGUUCGGGAGAAGUUAAGAGAGAGGGUACAAUUAAAUAUCGGUUGAAGCAAGUUGAUAAAGAAAAUCUUAGAGUGGGGUUGAAGCAGGUUUUAAGAAUUUUGAUAGGGGCAGGAGCUGUAGAAGUGGGUACUCACCGGAGUGAUGGCCAGAGCAUUAAGUGUAAAGGAACGAAGGAGGAAGAGUUAGAGGAGUUUUUGGACACCGUUGAUGCAGUUGGAGGACUGUCGUCUAAGGACGAGCUCUGGAGCUUAUAUUUUUCAGCCCAUCAGAUGGGAAGUUGCAGGAUGGGUGUUAAUGAGGAAGGGAGUGCUGUUGAUUUGAACGGUGAAAGUUGGGAAGCUGAAGGCUUAUUUGUGUGUGACGGCAGUGUUCUGCCAACCGCAGUCGGCGUCAAUCCAAUGAUCACAAUUCAAUCCACUGCUUAUUGCAUUUCGACAAAGAUUGCAGAGUCAUUGCACAAAGAUAGACCAUUGGCACAGAGAUGAUUUGCUCUUGUAAAUCAUUCGCCUCUUUAUUUUAAGUUAUGCAUUAAGAAAAUAAUAAAAAUGAUUAUUAUCAUUA